CCAUAGAAGUCCCACGUGGGCAUUGAGAAAACAACAUGGGGAAGAAUAAGCCCACAAAACAAACCGAUCCCUCGCAGAAGCUUGAUAAACGUGAGAGGAAAAAGCCUAAACAUAAUGACAUGCCAAAUCAAAAUGAGCAUCUGGAGCAGAUUCCAUUCCGUUUACGAGAAAUUAUGAAGAGUAAGGAGAGGAUGAAAAUGGGUGCCAAGCAGAUGAGGAAGAAAAAGAAAUCUCUUGCCCCAAAACCCCAGGAUGGAGACAUUCCGAUUCCGGAAUUUCGCAGAAAGCAGAGUGAAUCAGAAAAGUCCUUCUUGACGCGUAUGGCACGAGAGACUGAUCAUGUCAUGUUCCUUACCAAGAACCAGCUUGAGCGGCAACCGGAGCUGGAGCUCAGUGAAAAGGAGCAGAAGGCAGUAAAACUGAAGUCAGAGAAGAAGAAAGAGCAUGGCCAGGACCGUUUGCAGAGACUGCAUCAGAAAAAGCUGGACCGACGGGAGGAGAGGGAGGAGAAAGAGCGCUUUGAAGAUAAAGUAGAGUUUGGAGAGGUUGCCAUGGCUCCACCCACUUUGAGUGCCAAACCAAGGAAGGCCCCAAACAAGUCCAAGGGGGCAUCCAAGGGGCUGCUGCUGAACUCUCUCCUGGGCCACUCUCCUGUGUCUGUGGCGAAUCCGUCGAUGGCGAGGCAGAGGAUCAUGGAGGAAGAGCGUGUGCGCGUGGUGGAGGCCUAUCGCCACCUGAAGAAGCAGAAACAGGAGCAGAGCGCACUCAGAGCCGCCAGCAUGGGCAAGCUGCUGAACCCUCAGUGAGCGAGAUGGCAUGCACCACCAUCCCAAGGCUGCUGUCCCCAGCCUGCCGUCCCCAACAGUGGCGAAUGGGACAUGGGUGUUGCGCCAAAGACCUCAGGAUGCCAUGGGACACCGUGCCGACAUGGCGAUUUGAAUCACGUGUCUAAGGGCUCAUCAAGUGUCGUGUGGGCCACAGUGGGCAGUGGCAAGGCCAGUGUGAUUGGGAACUAAGCUGAGUGUCACUAUGUGAUGGCCAAACCUUCAAUGAUUCAAUUCAGGGCAGCCACAAGAGUUGCAGGAAUAUUUCCGUAUCCCUUGACGCAGCAAGAACUUUUAGCACCGUCAUUUCUUCAAAUUGUACCACAUACAACGCAGUUGACGGUGUGCGUGUCGGACUUUCUUGACCACUAGGUGGCAACAACAUCAAACUUUCAAAGAAGAGGACCAGAGAGGAGGGCAGUCUCAUCAAUAGCUAUGGACAUGCAUUUGAAAAUCUUGUUUUCUAUGUCUGAAGUAGAGUGAUUUUUUUUUUUUUUUAACCAUGCAAGUACAAAAAAACAAAAACAUUUCACCUCCUCAGAUUAAACCUUUUUUAAAACCAA